AUGCCAACUUUUGAAUCAAAUUUCUGUGACGACAUAUCAAACUCUCAACGUUCUCAGGAAAUAGCAUCGAAAGAAAGACAAACUACUCCUACACGAAAUUAUGUUACUCUCACUUUGAAUACUGAUGGAGUACUUCUUAAACGAAUAUCUCGAUCGUUAUGGAUUACAUGUGCUUGUAUAAACGAGUUGCCUCGAAACAAACGCUACGACAUAAACAACAUGCUUAUAUGUUCUCUUUCUACUGGAGAGGAAAAGCCUAAAAAAGAUGAGUAUUCAGCGAUACUACAAGAUAUUGUGAAUGAGUUAAAAUUUCUCGAACAAAUUGGUGUUGAUAUUAUGCUUCCAUCAAAUGCCAAAAACCCUCACAGAACAUAUACACAUUUCUAUGCUUUUGCAAUCGCAGCUGUGUGUGACAAACCGGCGCAGGCGCUUAUGAUGAAUAUUAAAGAUCCUACGGGCUUUUUCAGCUGUGAUUGGUGUUGUAUCCCAGGUGAAACUCAUUUGUCUAAUUCUCGAUGCUUUAUUAACAACAGUGCAACUCCUGCAAUGCUUCGAACUAACAAGACAUAUGAUCAUUUUAUGCAGAUUUUAGAUGCGAAUUAUGUAACAAAGGAUCCAUCAAAAGAUAGAGUAUGCGGACAUGCAGGUCCUUGCGCUUUACGCCAAUUAACUUAUUUUGAAAUUGGAAACAGUUUUUGCUAUGAUUCUCUACAUGGUUUAUACGCAGGAGUAUUCAAAAAGCUAAUGCAUUUAUGGCUGGAUACGAAACUACUACAAUCCAUUCAUUACCCUUUAACUAACAGAUUACCACGUGCGUUGAAGCACUACACAACAUGGAAAGCUAAUGAAUUUAGAAUGACAUUACUUUUUGGCUACAAGGCGUUUGAACAAGUGAUGAAAAAAAAAUACUAUGAACACCUUAGAUUAUUAGUCUAUGCUGCUGUCUUUUCGGAGGCACGGGUAUUAACUACCACUCGAUUGAAUCAAAUCGAAAGUUUGUUAAAUGCUUUUGUUGAUGAAUUUCCUGUGCUAUACGGAGCAUCUAAUUGUGUGUCGAUUGUGCAUUCACUCUCACAUGUCCAUCAGUCCUUGCUCAAAUUUGGUCCUAUUCAUAAUUACAGCACUUUUAACUUCGAAAGUACAGUUGUGGUUCUGACUAAUGAUGCUAACUAUUCUUUCUCCUUGUUAGGAUCAUUUGUUAAAUCUGUGCAUGGUCCUACUCUCAUUUUAAAGCAAUUAAUGAACAAGUUCGAGCUUCUCUCUUAUGCAACAACACUUUUCACAAAGCCUGAUUUCCAUCCGAAAGUUGCAUUGCUUAUCAAUCAAAUAUUCUCAUCCAAAAGACGCGCUCUGCCAACGUGUUUAACGUUACACAACGUGACUUCUCUAACGCGCUCCACAGUCUCUCCAUCUUCACAUGUCACUGAGUAUCUCGGAAAGCUAUGCGCAAAAGAUCACUACACUCAUUAUUCAACAUGCUUCUAUCGAAACGUGGCCUUUACAAUUCAUCGUUCAAAUAAUAAACAAGUCGAUAACUCAGCUGUUAUGUAUUCCGAUCAUUCAAAUAAUCUUCAACUUGGCAUAAUUAUCGCUAUUAUACAACUAACAAGCACCAAAGACAUUGUAAUCAUUAUCGAUCAAGCGGAUGUCGUAGGUUUCGAUCGUUUUUCUCAGAAUCAAACAGAAUACAUCAACGACUUCGUUGCCUAUGCAAAACAUUCGGAUCCACCACAUAUUGUUUCCAUCGAUUGCAAAUCUAUCAGAGAAAAAGUUGCUUACCGCAAAGAUCCAAAUGUCCUCACAUCUGUUGAAUACUAUAUAUUUCCGAAUUUAGUAGAAGAAACUUGA